AUGGCUGCACCCAGCUGGGAGCUGCUGGAUGCUUGGCGCUACAUCAUAUACGAUAUCCAAGUUGUGCACCCGGUUCACUGGUUACAUCCUCGCGCAGUCAUGCUGCAGGUGCUGUAUGACAGUCUUGUGGGGGACCCUUUCAUAGCCCCCCGGAUCCCCCCGCGGCUGCUGGAUCUGCUGGAAUACCACCGGACCCUCAUCUUCUAUGACGACGAGGAAGAGUUCUUCUAUGACAAUGCAGAGCAGCAGGAGGCCGAGGAAGUUGUGGGGGAGUCGUACGCGUCUGGGGAGGCGGGUGAUGAGGUGAGCGGUGAGUCAUCGGAGGUGAUUCAGCCGCUGACUCGCCUGUCCAGCGUGGGCACUGCCGCCUGCCGACUGGAGGAGGCUUUCGGCGGAGAGGCACUGGCCGCUGCCAUGGAGCAAAAGUCUGAGCCGCAACACUGGCGGGACGGGCUUCACCUUGAGAUGGAUGAAGAAGUGGAGGCACAGCUGCCGGAGGAAGUAGAUGCAGAGAUGGAGGAGGAGUAUGUAUCGCCGCGUGAGACCACGCGCGAUGACGCCAGCUCGUGCAGCGAGAGCGACUACCGCGCUCUGCUGGGAUCACCCAUUCGCGCGGUCCAAGAUGACAUGAAGCGGAGUGCCUCUCCCAAGCGCCAUGGCAUGAGCCAGCCGGUCAUCAAGAUCACUGCCACGUCCUCCACCGUCUCUUCGCUCAACGGCCCUACCGCUGCCUUGUACUCAGUUACAGAGACCCGGGACGAGGCGCGCGCGCGUCUCAGGGGAAUUGCGCAGCGCAACAAGGGAGGCACGCCGAUGAUGGGCUCCGACAAAAAAGCCGCGGCCGAGGCGGCCGACCGCACAUCGGCCGCUGCCCGGGUCUCGGCCGCGCAUGCGGCGGCUGCCGCUGACAAGGCAGACAGGAACGCCCCUGCACGUCUGGAGUUGGGGGCUCUGCUGGAGACGAUGUCGACUGAGACUGGAGAGAGGAAUGUCAACGCCUCUGCACAGGCGGAGCCGAGUGCUGAUGUGAAAGCGCUGGAGACAAUGGUGGAGGACACAGAAUCUGAGGUGGCAAAUCUCAAGCGCAGCAAAGUCGCCAACAUGGUCAAGAUGUACCAGGGCAUGGAGGAGGCUCACUCGCGCCACACAUCGCCGCGGAUCGGCGCGCGCAAAUCGCCGCUGCCUUCUGAGAAGUUUCUAGAGCCGCUCAUCCCCAAGCACCCAAUCGCGACCCCUGACUCACCCUCCCGCAAGGCGGCGACGCCGCGCGGAUACACUUCGCGGUACCUGUCGGCGGUGCACGCGGCCACCAACACAGUGUCCACCUGGCUGCAGCGCGGCGGCAGCGGGGAAGUUCCCUCGCCGGUCGCGGCAGCUGCCGAGCAGCUGCGCACCCACAGCGAGGCAAUGCCCCCGGCAACGCCGCCAAAGUGCGGCGCGGCGGAGAUGGCCACUUUCAGCACGCCGUCAGCAGAGCUCUUCGACACAAACCCGGUCUACGAGGAGAUGCAAGAGCGUGCGUUGUGGUCCCCCGUCAACACAUCCUUCUCCUCUGACUACUGCGCGUUCGCCGGCGGCGCCGGUGCAGCUGCGGCUGGCCGGCACCGGCGCAGCCCGGAGCUGGCGUGCCGGCAUGCGGCAGCAGCCGCGCGGCAUGCGGCGGCCGCGGCCCGGCACGCCAAUGCGGCGGCCAAGUUUGCCGGUCUGCGCAUGCGCGCAUCAGCCGACGGCAGCCGGCGGCGUAGCCAUGCCGGCCACGGGCCUCUCUACUCCAAUGCAAUGGACACAAGGACCACCGCCACAGACGCGAUGCAUUUCCCGGACAAUGUCAUGUUGACAAUGGACAACAUGCUCUUUGAGGCCUGAUGCAGAAGUGGCGCGAUGUGAUGCAUUUCAUCACACUAUCAAUAAAGGGGGUUCUUUCGGCUGGUAAUCAACAAUCAAUCGGCUGUGCGAUCCCAUAUCGGCAGUUCCACAAUGCCGAUAUGCUGCUGGUCUCAAUCGGCAUGACUAAUAAUCACUGCGCCGUACUGGACAUGGCAGCAAUGAAGCACAGCCUGACAUGGAGGCUGCUGUUCUUGUGUCAAGCUGGUGCAAUUAAAGAAGUAAGAAGGCUUGAGGCACAGAGGGCGGCGUUGAGGAGAGACAACACUAUGCUGGGAAAUAUUUCCUGAGCUGCCGGGACGAUAAGUGGGGCCACAAUAAGUGGCAUUUAAAUAAUUAUGUGCCUUUCAAGGUGAGUAGGAAAUUUAUUAAGGGGAUUACUCACCUGUGGUCAGGUGAGACCAAUAAGAUGCAGGGGAAAGGCCGGUGCCUCUCUUUACAUGUUUUGCUGCAUUGCCCUGUGCGCACACCGCUGCUGGCAUUUCCAAGAGCUUUAACUUGAAUGGGCUUGGAAAAGACAUCUGUGGUUGUACAGCUAGCACCAAGAAUAGUAGGGGCUUGUUUGGGUGUCCAAAUGGGAGACAGAUGGGGCUAAUUCAAGCCGGAAAAUUCAUAUUCACAGCCAGAAUUGUGAUCAAACAAGCGGGAAAUGCCCCUUGUAUUCAUGGUGUAUACAGGGUGUUAGUGCUGCGCAGACACUUUCACCUUUGCUGUUGCAAAAUAUAUCACCUUCUGCACUUCAUGGGAAUGCCUCACAAGGGACAAGGAAACAACCAUUACAGAUGUUUAUUGUUGAUGGGGCCAGACGGUGCAGAGAUCUCAACGCCAAUCCCAAUGUUGAAAUUGUUUGCAGAAGUGCUUGUUAGGCCAGACGCUUCUUUGGGGAAUUUGAUGAGGGACGUUCACUACUGGGAGUAUUAUUGGGUUAUAGACAUGCAUGUACAUGUAACCUGCUGCACAAAGCAAAGGGGACCAUUUUGCUGUUGACAGAUGUCAUGCAUGUAAUUUGUCCCUGGCUUGAGAUUGGCCGCUCACAUGCAGCUUCGUGUUACACUACUGCAACGGAC